CUCCGGUUCACCUUGAGCACGUUUCUUGAUUUUUGGUCAGUCUUCUUUGGGAUUUCCCUUGCAAACGAUGUAAUACAGAAUUCGCUUGUAUUUGACUCUGUACGUGUUCACAAGAAAAGCAUUUUGUUGAAAAGUUUGAUUUUCAUAUCGCCACAAAAAACUUAUCUUCAGGCAUCCUCAACAUGAGGACUUUAUUAGCAUUUGCACUGGUACUAGCAAACUGCGGCACAAAAUCUCUUGAAAUAUCUUACAAUGAUAACCCGUGUUCCCAAUAUUUCAACUAUUACAAGGAUCAAUCAGGCGGCACUUUGCUUAUUCCACCGCCCGGAGAUAGUUCAAAAGUGAAUUUGGUCGUCGAAAUAAUGGUCCAUACCAAACUAAUCGAUACGAGUUACGUGGGAAAAAUUACCAUUGCAGAAAAUGUGAACAGCAUUUUUAGACGCCUGCAAAACAAUGACAGAUCACCCAUCAAGUUCCAACUACACUUCCCUGUGAGAUCGCCUAUUCCUUACCUCACAAGAAUAUCUGUGAACGGCUUAUCUAUUUGCAGUUACGAACCAGUUGGUCAGCAGGGCGUUUUCACGUCAAUUAAACUUAAUUAUGAUAUGUACUAUGAUUCAAAAGAAAGAGGCAAUUACAACUACCAAAAUAAUCAGCCUGCUCCAAUCGUUCAAACAACUUGCGCCCCUCAAAAAAGCUGCAUUUGUCCAGAGCAGCGUCCGAUCAUUUGUCCGAAUGUCGCAUCCCCGGCCCGAUGUCCACCGGCACCAAACGUCGUUUGUCCAGCACCAACUAAGUGUCCGACCGUCCCAUCACCACUCCGCUGUCCACCUGUCCCAGCCCCGGUUAUUUGCCCAUCUGAAGAAGUAGAUAACAGAUUUGGUGCAGAAACGUUUUAUGGUUGUGGAAAGUCAUCAUCUACAAAAAUCCCCGUCCCCUUAAUCUCAAAUGGUCAUGAGAUCUUCAGAGGUUCUUACCCCUGGCUGAGUGCGAUUUAUGAGAACAACGGCAGAGGUCCACAGUUUGUGUGCAGCGGCUCUCUUGUUACCAAUAAACACAUUAUAACAGCGGCACACUGUGUGUCUAAAGACCAAAGACCAAAAAAAGCAAAGAACUUCGUAAUUUUCUUGGGCAAGCACAACAUUUUCACCUUCACCGAAAGAGAAGCCGCUGCUGUUGAUAUCGAGAAAAUUACUAACCACCCAGGCUACACUGGAGACCUCCAUAAUGCAGGCGUCGAUCUUGCAAUAAUUUCUUUCAAAACACCGAUCAGAUUUAACGCAUACAUCAGGCCCGUCUGUCUCUGGAACCCAGAACGAAAUAUUCCUAAUUCUGGACAGGUGGUUGGUUGGGGCCGCGAUGAGUACGGAAAUAGUUUGACAAGCACCCCGAAGGAAAUUGAAAUGUCCGUCCACUCCGACUAUAUUUGCAAACAAGACAAUGACAUAGCAAAUCUCAUGACAAACUGGACUCUCUGUGCCGGUUCACGACAAGAUAAUGGACCGUGCAAAGGGGACAGUGGCGGAGGUCUUUACAUUCGUUCUGCGCAAUCAAAACGGUGGUACAUCCGUGGCAUCGUCAGCCAAGCGCUGUGGGAUCACACACAAAACUCUUGCGACCUGUCCAAGAACGUCGUUUUUACAGACGUUAGCAAGACCUUGUCAUGGAUUUUUAACGAAAUUUCGCUGGACCACACUGUUUUAGAAAAUGAUUAUUAAUUUGAAUUUUUUAUUUUUCUUUUAUUAUAUAUUAGCAAUAAUACGUCUUUACGUUUGAAUGUUUGAGGUGGUUCUAACUGGUUCUAACUAUAAGCAAUUCAAUUUUUUUAUUAAAAGAAAUUAUGCAUACCUUA